AUGAAGGUGGAGGUGGUGGGGCCGGGCCAGAGAGCACAGCCGCAGCAGCCACCAAGUCAGCCAGUUCACCAAAUCCCAAACCAAGUCCAAGCCAAAAUGUUCGCUCUCGUCUCUCUUUUCAUCCUGGGUGUUGGAGCAGCCGCUGCCAUCGAGCUGCCGAUCAGCCCGCUUUACCACUCACCCGCCCUUGUGAAGCCCCUGCUGAAGACCAUCGAGGUGGAGGCACCGGCCCACUACGACUUCGCCUACUCGGUGCACGACGAGCACACCGGCGACAUCAAGAGCCAGACGGAGUCCCGGAAGGGCGACCAGGUCCAGGGCCAAUACACGCUGGUCGAUGCCGAUGGGUAUCUGCGCACCGUGGACUACACCUCGGAUGCCCACAACGGAUUCAAUGCCGUCGUGCGUCGCGAUCCGCUGGGCCACAAGGUGGUCAAGGCCGCGCCCAUUGCCAAGAUUCUGGCCCCCGCCCCCCUGCCUCUGGCCUAUGCGGCACCCAAGCUCCUCGCCCCCGUCAAACUUCCCCUGGGUGUUUACCACUAA